UUAACAGAAUGGACCAUUCUCCAAAUCGACCAUCCGUGUCUCCAUUAUCUAGAACUCGUAUGUAGUCUGAACAGACCCUCAAAUUAUAAGACCUUAAGUAUAAGGAAAAACUACUUUAAAUGGAUAAGAUAAACGCAAGUUUAAAAAUAUUUGUAAUAUUAGAAUUGCAAUCCUAACUGGAUGAAACACUUCUAGAAUUAGAAAAGGCAAACAAAAACCUACAUCUUCAGAAUUAGAUGAAGGAAACCUAAGAUAAUGAAUAUCUAAGACUUUUGAAAGAAAAUGAAUUACUUAAGGGAGAUCUAUAAUUUAAGUUACAAGAGAAUGAGCUAAAUAAGUAAAAAUUAGCAUAACAAAAUAAAUAAUAUCAAUCAUCUCUUGAAAAUCUAAAGUAAUACAUUUGCGUUUAAAUUUAGAGAAUAAUAUGAAUAGCUCUAACAGUCACUUAUGAAUAAGUACAUCAUAGAGAUGAAUUCUAAAUUGCAAGAUCAAAAACAAUAAUAUGAUAAUUUUAGCAAAUUAUAAACUGAAAGAUUGAAAGAGAAUGAGCAUUUGGAAAAAUAAACAUAGGAAUAAUUAUUAGAUUGUAAAUAAUAAAUUUAAGAAUAUAUAAUUAAGAUAAAUGAACAAAAAUAACAAAUUGAAUUAUUCUAGAAAUAAUAAACUAUAGAAAAAUAGAUUAUAGCUGAUAAAGAAUUAUAAGAGCAAUUACUUUUGAAAAAAAUAGAAUAAUUUCAAAUAGAACUAAGCAGAACAACUACAGAUUUAGAUAUUUCUAAAGAAAAGUAUAUUAGAUUAGAAAAACAAUAUGAGGAAAGUAUAACAAAUCUUGUUUAAAGUAAAGACUAAUAAGCAGAAGAAUAAACAAGUAAAUUAUAUUAAUAACAUGAAUAAUCUAUUCAGAAUUUGACAUAACAAAAUCAAGAAAUUUGGAAAUAACUUUAAGAAUUAAGAUCAGUUAAUUAAUUAUAAUAGAAAGAGAUAUCACGAUUGACUCAUACAAAUCAAUAAUAAGAGUAGGAUUUGAUUGAAAAAGAAAAAAAACUAAAAGAUUUAUCAAAUAAUUCAAAUUAAUCAUCUGAGUAAUGUAUAGUUCUUCAAUAACGAUUACUUUAGACAGAAUAAGCAUUACAAUUGUAUAAAUCUUAAUUAGAUGAUUUCAAAUAAACAAGAAGUGAAUUUGAAUAAAGAAUGAUGGAAAGAAGUAAAGGAAUUUUGAGAUAAAAAGAACAGGAAUUUCUAUAAACUCAACAGUUGAAUGAAUAAAAGAUCGUUGAAUUGACUUAAGAAAUUGAAAAAAUGGAAAAUGAGCAUUAAAGUUAAGGUUUUAAAUAAUUACAAGAGAAGUUAAUGAAUGAAUCAAGUAUUAAAUCUUUAUAGGUCAAAAUUGUAGGAAUUGAAGAGUAAAAUGCUACUCUGUCAGAAUAAUUGGAAGAAACUAGAUAAGAAUUGUUAUAAAAAUCUACUUUGUCUGAAAAUUUAAGUGUUUAAUUGAAUAAAGAAAAAACUUAUAAUUAAACCACUUUAAGAAUUUAAAAAAAUUAAUUAUCAGAUUUAUAAUAAAAAUUAAAAGAAUAUUAAGUGGAAGUUGAUAGAUUAUCAAGCGAUGUGAGAGAACGAGAUGAUAUUUUAGAAAGUCAAAGAAUUUAAUUUAUUAAUGAGAAAAAUGAAUUAGAAUAGUAAAUUAAAAUCAUUUUUGAUAAGAUGGCUUAAUAAAGAUCCAGAAUAUAGGAAUUAGAUGAUCAAAAUUAUUAAUAAUAAUGUUAAAUCUAAAAACUGACAAUAGAAAGAGAUAAAUUAGAGAAGGAUUUAAAAUCAUUAACAAUUACAACUACUGAAUAAAUAAGAAAAUAAUAAGAAUAAAUAGUUAACUUUCAUAAAUAAAUUGAAGAGAAUUAGUCAAUCAUUCUUUAAAAUGAAGAAUAAAUCUAAAGUAAUGAAACAUAGAUUGCUGAACUAUAAAGUUAAUUAGAAGAGUAAUAUGCUUAGAAUUAAUAAUUAACCAAAGAUAUUGCUGAAUUAAAUGAUGAAUUAGAGGAAACUAGAUAAGACAGAGAAGGUAAGAUUUAAGAAAUGGAUUAAUGGAAAAGAUAGUUUAAAUAAAAUAAUGUUCCCUUGUCUGAUUAUGAUUAAGUAAAAAAAGAAGCUGAACACUUUAAAAAUAAAUCCAUGGAUCAAGAAUAAUUGAUUAAUAAAUUAGAAACAUAAUAAUAAGCUAAUAGCAAAGAGAUUUAUCAUUUAUCAGAAGAAUUAUCAUAAUAUAAAUAGAAUUAUUAAGAUGCUUAAUAAUAAUUAGUUAAUAAAAAAAAAGAGAAUGAUAAUAUGAGCACAGAAUUAGAAAAUUCGAAAAGAGAACAACAAAGAAUGGUGAAUUAAUUGAAAGAUAUUGAACAAAGAGACUAAUAAAAUAGUGAAUUAGUAAUUAAAUAAAAGAGAGAGAUAUAAAGAUUGUAAGAUUUUAUAUUUAUUAUUUAGAAAUGAUGAUAUGGAAACAAAAAAUAGACAGCUAGGGAAUAUGGAAUAAUAAUUAAAUAAGAAAUUUGAUGAAGUAGCUGCUAAAUAAAGAGAAAUUGAGGAACUAAGAAGAAAGUUUUAAUAAGAUGCUCUUGGAAGAAUGACUACGAGCCCAUCUUAAAAAUCUGUAAUGAUGGCUUCAUAAAAUGUAUAAAAUUAAAUUAAAUUAGAUGGCUGCCAGAUCGACUGCAAAAGGAUUAACUACCAAAAUAUAAGAAUAAUAAAAUUGA